AUUAUGUCAAGCCCAGAUGAAGAUGAGGUGCCAGCAAUCCAAACAGGCCCCAAGGGUGUGAUCAAUGACUGGAGGAAGUUCAAGUGUGAGGACCAGGACACCCCUCCCAGCAAGAAGGAGCUCCUCAGACAGAUGUCCAACCCCCAGAGCGAUGACAUCCCAGACAGACUCAACCGCAAGAUGAGUGUCCAGGAGUAUGAAAUGAUCGCAGAGGAGGAUGAGAAGUGCCUGCGCAAGAAUCGACAGCAGUGCAUGAAGGAGAUGCACAAGCGUCUCAGCUUUGGCCCUAAGUUCGACAGUGUGGUGGAGUUGGACAGCGCCGAGGCCUUCCUGGAGGUCAUUGAGAAGGCGCACCGGCUCACCCUGGUGAUCGUACUAAUCUACGAGGACGGGGUCAAAGGUUGCGAGGCACUCAAUUCCUGCCUGGACUGCCUGGCCACAGAGUACACCAGCAUCAAGUUCUGCCACAUCCAGGCGGCUGCAACAGGUGCCGGCGAGCGCUUCUCAGACAACGUGCUGCCCACCAUUCUGGUGUACAAGGCAGGCAAGCUGCUAGGCAACUUCCUGUCCAUGACACAGCACCUCAGUGAGGAGUUCUUCGCUACCGAUAUCGAGGCGUUCCUCCGCGAGUAUGGCCUGCUGUCCUGAUGAGGAGGAUGGAGGU